AUGCCUUUAGUAAAAGACAAUAUGGAGAUAAAAAACUAUUACAAGGAGAUUAUAUCAGAUCCGGAGGAGCGUUUGACUUCAAAUGGAUCUUACCCAAUUUCAUGUUGUAUAAUUACUCAACCAAACAUGCCACUGGAACUGAAAGACAACCGAUAUUUACGUCUUUGUGAUUCUCAAAAUGGAAAAUACAUAGCUAAAAUUGUUGCAAGCAUCCCAAAAAAGUUAAUAACUGUGACUGUUUAUACUCUAGAUGAUACCCGAGAAGAAGCACAAAAAGUAUGGGAAAAUACAAAAGUGCUAUCGCUAUGCAAAGACGCAAAUCCGAUCCAUUCAAAAACUUUUUACUUAUUUGGAGUAGUGUUCAAUGAUGGACAUUCGGUUUUUUUGGAUUUGUUUUUUGAAACGUCCAAUAUUAAUAAACAUCAACAUCUGAUCAUUACAAAAGAUAGCGAAAUUGACCUUCCAAUUGAAAAGGAUUAUGAUCAAAUCCCUGUUUCUGAACACUGUAUUAACUGCUAUCUUUCAGGGGACGAAAAAAAUUUGUAUUUUUUGUGGUCUACAGAUCUCGUGACAAGUAAUUCACAAGAAAGUAAAUUUGUUAUUCAAAGAUACUCAACUAAAACUUGGCGACAUGAAUAUAGUUGGUUUAUAAUAAUACCAUAUCCAAGAAAGAAUUUAUAUAUUAGGCUUCUUAGACCUUUAUUUUCUGAUCGUGCACCGCAGAUAUGUAUUGCACAUAAUAGUUGGAAUUCUAUAACUAUUAAACCUGUAGAUGACAAGUUUGAGACAUUUGUUUUAUCAACGCAUGACCUUGCAAGCAAACGUAAGCUAAUUAAUGGACUUCAUCAAUUGGGAAUAUCAUCAAAAAAUGUGGUUGUUGGAUGGAAUAAUGAAGGGCUUCUAUCAUAUUGGGACCAGUCUAAAAAAGCUACAUUUGAACCUAUUGCUUCAUUUAAUAUGGAGUUAUAUCACCAAUUUUCAAAUCUCAAACCAAAAUCAUAUCCAUGUCGUACUAUUCGAUUUUCACCUGCAGGACAAGUUAUUACAUUUAUCACAGUUUCCACGACUACUGUUUAUGUUCAAAUAAUGCUUGCCUCUAAUUUACAAGUCAUAGAUAAUAUAAACAUUCGAAAUUCUGUGGUACCUCCUGGAUACCAUAUUUGGAAUAUUUGCUUUUCAGAUUCUUACGGAAUUAUAUUAACCGGAGCGGUGACCCAAUGGGCGCCUUCCGGACAAAUGAAAAUUAUGUUUUGUCGGAUAAAAGGGUUAUAUGAACAUAUCCGAAAGAUUGAAGAAUAUUUUGAUUCUUGGGAGUACAUUAUAAAUAAUAAUGUGCUACCAAACAUUGAGGAAGUGAACAAAUGGAGAAUUUCUCGAAGUAAUUUUCAAUAUCUUGUAAUAGAUAGUGAAAAAGGGAUUUUGGAUGAUUAUGAUAAAAAUAAGGUUUUCUAUUGGCAAAAGCAACUUUACAAAACAUUUUUCUGUCGUCAAACUAAUGAGCCUACAACGCUACCAUCGGCUAUGUUGUUACCAACAAGACCUGAAAAUGAUGAACAAAUAACGAAAAGAGUUAUUCACCUUUAUACGCAUGUAUAUCCAUGGGAUUCAUCUCAGUUAGUUUAUGAAUUUGCCAUUAUAGAAGAAUAUGAUAUCGGAAUAACCAUUGUGGCAAUAAGAAUUGGGGGAGAUGAUUUUCCACAUGUGAAACCGUAUAUUAUGAGAACACUAGCAACGAUGAAAUUCGAUUUUAGAGUUGAUGGAGGGAUACAAGGUGAAAUAAUUUUGAGAAAAAAGAAUAAUCAUGUGUGGUUGGAAUUUCAGCGCACAACAGAGAACACAGUGAACAAUGAAGAACUAAAAAACAUUAAUGAUUUAAUGAACAAGCAAGUAGCCUUAAUUUCAGAGUUGCAUCACCCAAAUGAUGCAAUUGUUGACUUUGUCACCAUCAUGCAAUCAGGGGAUUGCUUACUGAAAGACAAAUAUGAAAUUUAUGUAGAAGAAAAUCCAUUUAUCAGCAACUCUUCAAAUUUUAUGGCAUUUUUCAGUCAUUUGGAUCAGUUUACGAAUGAUCAAACAAUACAAUUCGGACAUCGUCAACAAUCCUUUUAUGCAAUAUCAAAGCUGUUCAUUUGGAUCAAAUAUUGCAUAAAAGUCUCAAACGUUCAUAUGUCAAAGAAAAAAUUCAUUUAUACCGUAGCCCAACAUUAUGAUGCAAUAUUUAAUGAUGUGGAAUUUGAUGGUACAGAGACUGUAUUUUCUUGCGUUUUUGCGGGUGCUCUUAAUUUAGACAUCAUUGCAAAUCAAACAAUAUUGACAGAUCAAUUUCUAAUUGAAUAUCAUAAACAUGAGAAUCUUAUCUGGAAGAAUUCUGCAACAAUAUCUCCGUGUCUACCAUUAGCACUUCAAAUUCGACCACUUGGAAUUUUAUCACUUAUGCGACAUGUUUGUUUGUGGACUUUACCUUUUAAUGACAUAUCAGCAUCAAUUAAUCACAAUUACUCGAAACAUAAAUGGUUACACUUGGGUAAAUUAUUAUCAAAGAAGAAAACAACAGACAUUCUUGGAGCAAACACGACGCUUUGCACCGUGCCAUUUGUUAAUUUCUGUUCGUAUCAUCAAAAUGUUCCAUCAUUUAGCAAAAGUGAUUUCCAGCAUGAUUUUGUUGAUAGAAACUAUGAAGAUUGGCUGUAUAAGAUGAUUAACGAGCAUUUUGAGAAAAAAGUAACCACAAGAUCAAGAUUCACCUAUCCUAUGAGCCCUUUCUCGUGCUUAAUUGAUCAGAUAUCUAAUUUGCAAAGCACUGAUCUAAGACUGGCAUUUUUCGAAAUUCCAUGGAUGAAAAAACUUUUGAUAUGGAAGCUGGAGACAUUUGUGACUCGAAUAUUUAUCAAACGGCUUUUAAUACCAAUGUUGAUCGUGUUUAUUACAAAUUUUUUGAAUAGUUUACUUAUCACUUUAUCGGACCAGCCUAUCCGAAGAGCAGAAACAAUCAUCACCACGAUGAUCCAAUUACUUACUACAUUAUACUUGACAUUUUAUGAAUUGAAACAGUGUUUAAGACAACCAAGAUACUAUAAGCUAUUUUAUAAUUAUAUUGAUUUGUUAACAAUAACGUUUUCAUACAUAAUGGUCUUUUACAUCAUUCUCGAUAACCUACUAUCAAUUUAUUUUAUUGCUUUUUCCACAAUGAUUAUGUGGUUCAAUCUUCUUCUUCAGUUACGAUUUUAUCAACCUAUUGGGGUCCAGUUGAUAGUAAUUACAGACAUGAUUAAAGGCGUAGGCUGGUAUUUACUUUUGCUUGGUGGCAUUAUACUUGGAUUCUCCUUUAUACCGUUCUUUGCUUUUCAACUUGAUCCUUCUGAGCUUUUUAUGGGAAUGACAAAUUUCCUUGGAUCCAAUUAUGACAUGUUCCAACCUCAACUCACUUAUACCAUCACUCAAGCAUUAUUCACACUCAUUAUACCAAUACUUUUGAUUAACGUUUUAAUUGCAUUACUUUCUUUAAACGUUGAAAACACAAUGCAAAUGGGUCAAUUGAAGUGGCUUUACCAAGCAGCCUUGUUAAUCGUUGAAGUAGAACGAUUUUUUCUUACAGAUUUGGAACGAAUUCAACGUAAAGACUGGUUUCCAAUUUGGUUUCAGUACACAGUUAAUGAAAGGGAGCGACAUGAAUGGAAAUCAAAGGUGGAGUUUUUAUCUAAUACCCUUGGAUGGCCUCCAGAAAAACUCACUAAAGUAGUAAUAGAUAGUUAG